AUGUUGUUCGGUAAAAUUGCUCUGACUGCACUUUUGGGAGUCACAGGUGCAUUAGGAUUGACCGUAAAGCAGCCUCAUGUCGCGUUUACUUCAUCCAAAAGAAGCCCUUUGGCUUUGAGUCCUAUAACCAACAAUUACAAGAAAUUGACCAAGCCAAUGUCAAUUGAUAAUGCAAACGAAACACUCGAGCUUAAUUUCUCAAUUAAUUCAGAUGAAACACCUCAACAGGCAGUGUUAUUAUUGGGAUCUAUUUCUGAAGGGCUAGAGACCCACUUCGAGCCUAUAAUAAAAACGAAAGAGGGCGUUUCCACCUACAAAUUCACGAUCCCAAUUGACCAACUUCCUGAGCCAUUAUUAUUGCUUGCUGUGGAAUCUAGAGAUUUAUUGACUGCGUCUCUAAUUUUGGCCAGUGAAGGUGCUGUUUCCGAUAAUUUGUUUGUCGAGCUUUUUGAUCUGUCCCUAGUUUUUGAUGUAGACAGAAGAUUGUCAAAAUCUCCAAGGCUCGAAGCUAUGCCUGAGAUAAAGCACAUUUUCAGAGGUGCCUCGAAGACUGUUCCUGCCUGGGUUGCCCAAUCCACUAGCCUAAUUAUCAUAGCGUGUUUCUUUUUGCUAUUGGUAGCUUGGGUAGCACUUGGUGUCUUUUCAUCUGUGAGCUUAAGCUGUAACACGAAGUCGCUCUACUUAUUAGCGUUUAUUGGGAGCGUAUGUGGUAUGGAGUACGUAUUCAUUCGCUACUAUUUGGGUGCUAGCAUUUUUGAGACUUUGGAGCAUGCUUUUUACGCUUCUCUAGGAGGUAUCCUAUCUGGUGCGAAGCUAUUGAUCUCCUUAACCAAAUGA